AUGGUCGGGCAAACAAGCUCUUCAAACUUCCUCUCGCAAAAUCUCGAUAACCCGCAUUUCGUGUUCAUGCUCAGAAUCUCCAUGGGAUUGGUCAUGACGUGUUCGAUCAAUUGCCUACGAUGCUGGCGAUGUCGUCGGCGACCACGUGGCGGCGGGCUCUGCAUAGAAGUUGGAGCGGAGCAGAAAGGAGACGUCGUCAAGGGAGCCACCGCUCGAGCGCUCUUCGGCAGCCUUGAGGAUCUUGAUGUUGAGAGCGAUGAGGACGUGGCGCGGGACACAGGGGAGGAGGAAGGUCGUCGCCGCCACCUGACUGGUGGAGGUGGCGGCCCUCGACCCCAUCUGGGCCAAGCUAGUUUCGGGGUCAUCGACUCCAUUCAAAAAGGUCGAGCCUUUUUCUCGUGGAUGCUGGAGAAAUUUUUUGACCGUCAGAUCUGCAUGCAACCUGGCGGAGGCAGGGUGGUGGGCCCGCCGCGAAAGGUGGCGUCGGGGGUCGGGCGGUUUUCAGGCGAGGUGCGUGACGGAGGGGUUGGAGAGGGGCCUGCCCGCGGGACGGUGGGAAGGCGGGUUCUUGGCGGCGAAGUGGUUCAGGGUGGCGGUGGUCAUGUGCCUAUGCAAUGCAGAUCGCGUAGUCAUGUCGGUCGUCGUUGUCCCUCUCGCCACCAAAAUACUAGUGGUCGAGCUUGUUCUUCUCAUUUUCCAGCUCUUUAA